UCACGUCCGGCCUGCGAGUUACCGCCCACUCGCCGCGGCGCUUCUGGCUCCAGGCCGGUCUCCGGAUCCGAUCCUGCUAAUGGUUUUGGCCAUAUCUUCAUGCUGGGCUUCAUCACCAGGCCUCCUCACAGAUUCCUGUCCCUUCUGUGUCCCGGACUCCGGAUACCUCGACUUUCAGUACCUUGUGCUCAGCCCAGGCCCAGAGCCAUGGCUCUCCCCUCUUCCUCCUGCAAACUGCCCUUGGUGGCUGUGUGCCAGGUAACAUCGACGCCAGACAAGCAACAGAACUUUAAAACAUGUGCUGAGCUGGUUCGAGAGGCUGCCAGACUGGGUGCCUGCCUGGCUUUCCUGCCUGAGGCAUUUGACUUCAUUGCACGCGACCCUGCAGAGACGCUACGCCUGUCUGAACCACUGGGUGGGAGACUUUUGGAAGAAUACACCCGGCUUGCCAGGGAAUGUGGACUCUGGCUGUCCUUGGGUGGUUUCCAUGAGCGUGGCCAAGACUGGGAGCAGACUCAGAAAAUCUACAAUUGUCACGUGCUGCUGAACAGCAAAGGGGCAGUAGUGGCCACUUACAGGAAGACACAUCUGUGUGACGUAGAGAUUCCAGGGCAGGGGCCUAUGUGUGAAAGCAAUUCCACCAUGCCUGGGCCCAGUCUUGAGUCACCUGUCAGCACACCAGCAGGCAAGGUUGGUCUAGCUGUCUGCUAUGACAUGCGGUUCCCUGAACUCUCUCUGGCAUUGGCUCAAGCUGGAGCAGAGAUACUUACCUAUCCUUCAGCUUUUGGAUCGGUUACAGGCCCAGCCCACUGGGAGGUGUUGCUGCGGGCCCGUGCUAUCGAAACCCAGUGCUAUGUCGUGGCAGCGGCACAGUGUGGACGCCACCACGAGAAGAGAGCAAGUUAUGGCCACAGCAUGGUGGUAGACCCCUGGGGAACAGUGGUGGCCCGCUGCUCUGAGGGGCCAGGCCUCUGCCUUGCCCGAAUAGACCUCAGCUAUCUGCGACAGUUGCGUCAACACCUGCCUGUGUUCCAGCACCGCAGGCCUGACCUCUAUGGCAAUCUGGGUCACCCACUGUCUUAAGGACUUCUGUGAAUUCAGACCCGCCCCCACCAGCCCCCACCCCGCCAUUGUGAGCUGGUGCUCAUGUUACUUGGAGGCAGGACCCAGGCACAGCUCCCCUCACUUGGAGAACCUUGACUCUCUUGAUGGAACACAGGCUUGGCUUCUUAGGAAAGAAACUUUCACCUGAGCUUCACCUGAGGUCAGAUUGCAGUUUCAGAAAGGUGGCAUUUUAUAUAGUCAUUGUUUAUUUCAUGAAAACUGAAGUUCUGCUGAGGGCUGAGCAGCACUGGCAUUGAAAAAUAUAAUAAUCAUACAGUC